AUGGCUGUCGCCAUGGCGCGGUUGUCAAUUCUGAUAGCAGCCGUCCAGCAAAGCCAUGCAGCGCUCGAAGAGUCUCCUGAUUCUGGGUGCUUGCUACACACGAGGACCCAAAAGAUGCCCAGUUCGGCUCUUUCUGAUGAGAUCAUGAAGUUGGCCGACUCUUUAGACCCGGGCACCACGCAGGACUUCCUCCGCAGCUUUCGCAUCUGCGGUCGCUGCGAGAACUGGAAGCGUCUUGGUGAAGCUAGCGAUGGCGGAUACCUUACUUGCACAGACCACAUGCUACGCGGCGACGUGCUGGGGGCCUAUUCCAUCGGAGUUUCUGGAUGGGACCUUUGGUCCAAGCAUGCCUUCGAGACCUACGGAGUCCCUGUCUUCCAGUACGACUGCACAGUGGGCCAUCCUGCACAGCAGUGUGAGAAGUGCAAAUUCUUCCCGGCCUGCCUCAAAGGCGAGAACAACCAGGGUGGCGUGUUGGGGAAGACCAGCUGGACCUUGGAGGAGGCUGUGAUCCAGUCAGGCCUCGCGGAUGCUCCCGAGAGAUCUCUGCUGAUGAAGAUGGACAUUGAGGGCGCAGAGUGGCCCGCGCUGGGCACGGCCAGUAACAUGACCUUGUCACGGUUUCGGCAGAUGUCGAUCGAGUUCCACAAGCUAUCUGAUGUGAAUCGUCAUGGGGAAUUCUUGCAAGCCAUGCAGCGCUUGAUUGGGGCAGGGUUCAAGGUGGUCCACAUACACGGCAACAACAAUGGUCGCAUGUACACCGCCGGCCAGUUCUCAAUCCCAGAUGUCAUCGAGGUCACCGUGGACGCCAGCGCUUCUGCUGAGCCUGCUUGUGUCCCGGAAGAGGUGCGGGUCCCCCUAGACGCUGCCAACUCGAAAGUGCAGCAGGAACUCCCUUUGGCCCACCUGCCCGCACUCUACAGCAGCUCCGCGGAUCCUGCGUUACACACACCUGCAACCUUGGCAGAGUCCAUUUGGGGCAGCAUUCCAGACCGCGUCCGAGCACAGUCCACCUACCGCACAUGUUCCUCCACCUCAUUGCCCCCCCUCGAGCCGGUGGAGAAUUUUCCUGCCUCCUCCAGCGAUGACCAGGCGCGGCCAGAGACUUACAUCUUCCGCCUCGCCGGGUCGGGUGAACCCAAGGAGGAGCUUUCCAAGGCGGAAGCCUUGUGGGCCGACCCUCCGCAGCGAGUUGCGAGGCCCUGGGAGACAGAGGUGAGGCAGGAGGACCGGCGGCUGAUGCAGCAGCCCUGCCAAGAAGACCUUUGUGAAGAGGAGCUGGGCUAUCCCAGGUGGCCAUUGGAGAUGAAGGACCCGGAAUACUUCAAGAAGGAGCUUCAGCGGAUGCGGGAGGAUCCUCGCAACAACGCCAACCGGGGCCGCUCCAUGGAGGACCAGGAGUUCUGGAACGAGGCGGCUCGGCUUCCAUGGGCCAAGGUCCUGCUACGCAAGGAGCAGUUCUGGACCGAGCGACGCAAUGUCUGGCUCCAGCAGUACGGAAAGGUAAUUCGGGGCAACCGCGGCCGGCACCGACUGGGGGAGGAGCUGGAAGAGUGCUCCGUGGAGCUACGGCGCCUCGUCGCCCCGGUGCUCCACUGCCGGGUUGUUGAGCAGCUGCUCCUCACGGCACUCGAGGAAGCUGAUGACUUGCAGCUGACAUUGUCCGAUUUCCUCGAGGAGGCUCCUGGGCGAGAGAUCCUAGCCGAGUUGCGUGCCGCUUGUUGCCGACUCGCCUGCGACACGCCGGAGGAGCGGGAAAGGCAAGCAACCUUCAUGCAGGAAGAGCUUGACGGCCGCCUCAAGGAAGCGCAGGAGGCUGCGCAGAAGGAGCUGGAGCGCGCCCCCUCCACGCGGACGAUCAUCGACAUGGAGGGCCUCCGUGUUGCGCUGGAGUAUGGCCAGAAGUGCCGGAAGGAUGGCUUGGUGGAGUACCAGCGCGGCAACUGGGAGGAGGCCUUGCACAGCUGGAGGCAAGGGGACAUUGGGCUUCGUCGCUUCCGAGCGCCCCUGCGAUGCGAGGAUGAGAAUGCCAUGCUGAGAGAGCUGCACGGCUCGGUCCUCCGGAACUUGUCUCAGGCCGCUUUGAAGCUGGGCAACUACGGCGAGGCGCUGGAUGCUGCAAAUAGAGCCAUUGCGCUGACUGGCGGCAGGGGCCUCGGCCACACCAUUUCUGAGAUGGUCCGUCCGAACAUGUCACGGUCCACUGGGAGCACGUCCGGCCUGGACAGCAACCAGUUUCACGCGGCUCUAAGAAAUAAAGCAUUCAGCCACGUAGGAGCCGCUGCUCCAGUGUCCUGCUUUGCCCUGAUGGCAUCCGACGCCGUCGUUGACUAUGAGGUCCCAGAUGAGCACGAUGCAGUCCAAGUCACCUUCAGCCAGCUCUCCCACCAGUCCCAGGAGCCGGAGGCUGUUCGGAGCCCAGGAGAAGAGCCCGAAGUGGCUGCCUGGAGCUCGGAAACACAGGCAGCAGAGGAUGCUUCCAGAGCCGAGAAUCCAGAAGUGGCCAAGGUUGUGGAUUUCGUUGUUGGCAUGGAGCUGAGAUUCCCAGACUUGCUCCGUGCCGUCCCAGCAUGGGUGGCACUGAGACACCUCUUCAAAGGACGGUCGGAAGCUACCGAGACCGCCCUGGCGAAGAUGUAUUCGCUCAGCCACAAGGUGAGCUCCAUUAACGAGUUCUGGUCUCACAGCUGGCACGGGCGGCGCUCCAUGAAGAUCUUCCUGCUGCUGAUGCUCAAAAAUGGCUUCGCCGCAGUGGUUCUGGGUCUUCUCGCCGCCCUUCUCGCGGCCUUCCUGUUGUACAAGGACGUCCUCCCCGGCUGGGACCGGACGCCCCGAAUCCACCCUGAAGGCUACUCCGGGGAGAUCCGGUCCAGCCCCCUGGUGAUCCUCUCCGGUUUGGUCGUCUCCUCGCUGACGCUCUUUCUCUGGCGAUCGGGAGACCAAGUGUUCCUGGACCAGAUCUGCAUCCACCAGGGCGAUCCGGUCUUGAAGGCCUCAGCCCUUGUGCAGAUGGGAGCCGUCCUGAAGAACUCCAAGAAGCUCGUGGUACUGUGGGACCCGACCUACCUCUCCAGGGCGUGGUGCGUAUACGAGCUCGCGGCCUUUCUGCACAGCCAUAAGGAUGACAAGCCGGUGCAGGUCCUUGUCAAGCCUACUGUGUUUGCAUAUGCCGUGUUCGUCAUUGUCAUUGGGGGAGUGCUUCUUCUUGCCAUGGAGACAAGCCUGCCCUAUAGUGCCUUGCUCUUGCUUGUCAGGGUGCUGUACACGCUUGCGCACAGCGUGCUGCUUGCCCUCGCGUUCGAGGACUUCUGGCGAAGCAUCUUUCUUGCUGAGGAGCAGUUUCGCACAUUCAGCUGGCCAGGGGCCCUUUGCCACUGUUGCUCCGCGAAUCACCUCCUGGAAGAUGGCAAGCCCAUUCCGUGCGACAAAGUCAUCUUAAAACACUGCCUAGAGGAGUGGUUUGGCUCCGUGGAUUCUUUUGAGGAGUGCGUCCGGACCACGGUGCGCGACAACUUUUUGGGUCGGGUCACCCGUGGGUACCCCCUAGGGUUCCUGUGGCUGGCCGGGGCCAACUCCUUUAUUGUCUGGGGCCAAAGUGGUGCCUUCGCAAGCUGGGCCCGCGCGGGCGAGCAGGUCUAUGCCAUGGGAAUUCUGAUCAACACCGUGGCGUGGUGGUUUUGGUUGGCACCAACUAUGUAUCUCAUCUUCUCAAGAAUCGCGCGCUGGAUGCAGAAGAAGCGCAGCGAGAAGCUGAGCGCUCCAGCUGUUUGUGCCGUCGUGUGCGCCGGAUACUCUGCCUACGUGCUGAAUGCUGGCCUUCCGCAUCUUUACUUCUGGUUCUGCAACGUCUUCCUUGCGGAACCCAUUUACGCGAACUUGGCAUUUGCAGGGACAACGUUAUGCUGGGCAGUGGCGGUGUAUCACAUUCUCGCCAAGCCCAAGUAG